UAAAAAAAACUUGUAGAAUUUCCUUGAAAAAAUUUUUGUUAGGGCGUCAUCAAUCGUCGAUUGAAAGAGCAGAUGUGAGCAACUCACAAACAACAACAACAACAACAAAAAAAUCUCUAUAUCCAUCUCAUCAUGUCAUCGUUUGUUUACAACAUUAUCAUUUGUUUGAAAUUGAAAUUCUUCCUGAUGCAAUUAUUUGCCAAAUUUUCCCGGUUACCUUGAAAUUUUUCACAAAUAAAAUCAUCUAUCAUUCAUUCAUCUAUCUAUCUACAGAGAUUCUAUCUUUUAUGAAAUUUACCAAUUUUUGUUUGUUUUAAUUAAAAUGCAUCUUGAUUAUCCGAACGUGCCUUAUUGUGGUCCGACCAGUGCUCAACUUCAACCUGGUGCAAUCAUACGAGCCAAAGGUCAUUCUCAACCUGGAUCAGAUUAUAUGGCUAUAUCUUUGCAAUGUGGCCCUUCGACAAAUUUCAGUGAUGAUGUUGCUUUGUAUUUAAGUUUGGCUUUUAAUCCACCACCACGUGUUAUUCGAAAUUCUUUAAUCGCAGGUCAAUGGGGUCCAGAAGAAAGUUUUGGCGGUUUUCCCACCGCACCUGGUGCGCCAUUCGAAAUAAUGAUAAUGGUUGAACCAUCUGAAUAUCGAAUAGCUAUAAAUGGACAGCAUUUUACUGAAUACAGACAUCGUAUACCAUUCGAACGUAUCACUCACGUCUCGUUGACCGGUGAUGCACGAAUCGAUUCAUUUUCAAUCUGGUACAGUCAAUCUGGUCCUUCCGGUCCUGGUCUAUAUCCAAACAUACCUUCAGAAUUGGGCGCUCCACCACCGUAUAUUUCUAAUCCGGGAUUUAAUUCUAACAUUGGUGGACUUCCUCCUUAUCCUGCACAAGAUCAUCAUAUUCCAUAUUCAACGAGCACAACACCUUAUCCACCACUACAACCAGAUCAAUACGGUCCUGGGCCUGCUUAUGCACCUCAACCUCCGAUGCCAGGAAAUCCUCAAGCUCCUUAUUAUCCCAAUCAACCUUAUCCUACUGGUAGUGGCACAUAUCCACCACCACCAACCCCCUCGCAUGAUCAAAAAUCCCCGAGCAAAAGUGGUGGAAUAGGCAAUAUGUUAGGUGGUGCUUUAACAGGUGUAGCUGGAGGUAUAGCUGCCAAUGCUAUCGGAAAAAAAAUAUUUGGAAAACAUCAUCAUUCAAUGGUACCAGGAAUUGCUUCGGGUGUAGCAGGAAAUAUUCUAAGUGGUGGUGGUGGUGGUCAUCAUGGACAUCAUAAACAUAAACAUAAGAAAUCAAGUGCAAUUCCUAUUGCUGGAAUAGCAGCAGGAGCAGGUGCUGCAGCAUUAGGAGCUACAUUAUUAGGAAAAGCAUUCAAGCACAAACAUAAAGGAUCCUGGUCACAUAAAGGUUGGGGCGGUCAUCGUGGAUCAUCAUCAAGUUCAAGUUCUGAAGAAGAAUAAUAAUGAUUUCCAUUGUGAUAACUUUUUCAUUCUGUAUUGAUUGUAUUACUUAAUAAAGUUUUUAUUUCUAUCA